AUGAAAACCCCUGAGGAAGAAGUAGACCGAACAUACAUCUCCCUCUUCUGCGAAACUGUACAAGAUUUCCACCACCAUCUCGCCGGGAAACAUGACACCGACCAACUUCCUCGCUCACGCCAACCACCAAAUGCCUACUGGUCGAAAGCGGAGAAAGACCUCUUCUUCCGUGCUUUGUCCAUCCACUCUCGCCUUCGGCCCGACCUAAUCGCCCAAGAGGUCAAGACCAAGUCGGUCCCAGACGUCUACACAUACAUUCUUCAGCUCCAGCAGGCGGUUCAAGAUGUUGGGAACGGCGUACUCAAAGCCCCGCCCGCGCUCGAACGAGACGACUUUCCUGCCGCCAUCGAAUCCUCGGCGGAUUUUCUCGCCUUCGAGGAGCAGGCCGCACAGUCUAUGAUCGCCCUCGCUCCGGUCAUGGGUGCAGAGGACCUCAACAAGGAACGCGACGACCAUUCCCGGGCUUUCAGAGCCUCUCUUGUUCCCCUCGAUCACGAACAUAGCUCGCAUCGAGAUCGGGAGGGCGAACGGAGAAGACGAGAACAGCUCGACUUGUGGGUGCGGGAGCGGAGGGCUCGCUGGGAGGUCGAAGACAUGCUGUGCUCUUUGGAUAAGGACGGUCUUGCGGCCCUUGACCGGCUGCUACGAGAGGAUGAAGAAGAGGAGUGGACCGGGGGCGAGAAGGGCGGAGGGAAAGUAGAGUCGGAACCGCCGGAGAAUAUGAUGCUGGUCGACGAACACGACCCCCUUUUCGCCGGAUCAUUCUCAGACCCGCUGCAAGGAAACGGCGCUGUAGAGGUGAAGCAGAUGACCGAGGACAGUCUCAUCGACCCACUCCUUCUGGCCGUGUCAGGCAUUACUCCCAAGGCCGCAUCACCUCAAGUGCAGACAAACGCGUCCCAACCCCACACUCCCUCCCUCCCCGAACCACCAUUGCUCCCACCACUCGCGCUCAACACCUCAUCCACUCUCUUCCAUGAAAAUUCGGUUGCCAACACUGGUGCUGAGGAUCAAGACGUCUCUCAGAUGUCGCCUACUUCUCGACGCCGCUAUCGGAAGCGUCUGCACAUGCGUCGCAAACGCGCCAAAGCCGCCGGGGUGGAUGCAGACGAGGACGUUUCGCGUAUGAAACCAGGCAGGAAAGCCAAGCGGCGCCCGUCCCAGGCUCGAGCCUCUACUUCGAGAUCACGCGCAACAUCACUGGCACCGGACGACACCGACGACGAAGACGACGACGCCGCGGAGGACACUCGGCAUCCACACAUAUCUGGUGCUACACGAACCUACAAGCGGCAAAUGCAGUUCCUUUCUAUGGGCAUUACGCCGGACCGGCUUCGCCAGGAAGGACUUGGCUUGUUUCAUUUCGGGGGCUUCAUGAGGCUAAUGCGCACGUACAACAGGCUGCACGACGUGCCAAAACAAGUCGUUUCGCAGAUCUCUGCAGAGACCUUGUCAUUGCUCUACAGUCUGGUCGUCACCUUCGUCGCCCAAGUGAUGUCUCGCACCAUCACGUGGCGUGAGCAGGAGAGGCUUGCUAAAAUGCAGACUAAAGUGUGGCGUCAGAAGGACAACCAGGCACGUGACAUCUACGGCACCCAUGUGAAGCACGCUUUGACGCUCUACGGGGCUGAGUUUCUCGACAAGGACGCCCAUUUCGCGGGGCUUCUCGCCAGCUUCGACUCCCCCAGUGACGAAGACGACGCGCAAUUUCCGGUUUCCGACCACGGUUCUUGCUCGCGUAGCGUGGACGAUAAUGACCCGGAGACGGGCACCGUAGACGAGGGCUCGACCGCCUCGAGUUCUCUAUCGCUUCUCCGGACCAUCUUCCCCCCGAUAUACCACCUUCCUUCAUCCAUCCACCCUUCUGAUCCUAAAUCAACGGCCGCCGACGGUGUCGUACCCGCGACCUUUAUGCCCUGGCUCGCCGCCCCUGCAGUUGGGGAGCCUCCGCACGAGGACGACUUGCUUUCCGUAGACUUCCCACAGCAAGACAUGGAGGCGGAGCUCGAUGAGGAAGAUGAGCUCGACGCCGCGGACUGUCACGCAGACAAGGUUGCGCACCACGCGUUUGACGUCCGCCGCAAGAGGCACAGUAUGGCGGAGCGUGCGGACAGGGAUGGGAACGGAAAAGAGGACGAAGGACUUGGUCCCACGGCGGUACGGCGGCCUCGGAAGCGGAGGCGCACACGGGCGACGUCGCAGGUGAGGGGUCAGGAUAAGGACGUGGGCGACGGUGGCGGUGGGAGCGCGACGGGGGCCGACGCAGAUGGGGAUCCAGACCCAGCUAGUGAGGAGGCUGUGAAGGUGAAGGUCCGGCGUCCGCCUCCCCGGAAAGGGCUCCAGCGGUCCAAGAGGAAGGUGAAGAGCAAGGAGGUCAUUGAGGACAGCGACGCAGAAGCGGCAAGCGAGAGCGAGCCCGAUCGAAAAGUAUGA